UUGUAAUAUAGGUGGAAAUGUGUAGUUUCUCUUCAACCAAUUGAAAAGGCUCACAGCAAUCACCGGAAAGUAUCGCUUGGGAUAAAAUCGUGAUUUUCAUUGGUUAUAAUUGUACUUGGACUGGUCCUAUCCUGUCUAAGCCAGUCAAUAUGGCGAAAGUCGAAUGUGCGUUUGAUGCUAGUGGAUACAAAGUCGGUCUUGGUGAAGGACCUCAUUGGGAUGUAAAAAACCAGCGACUAUUUUGGCUAGAUAUUCUUGACAGAUCGGGGAAUAAUGGCAAAACUCUCCACAUUUAUGAUCCCAUUUCCGGAAGUGACCACGCAAUAGCAUUGGAUGUCUCCGCGACUUCUGUUAUAACGCGUGAAAAUAUAACAUCGUCUUUGGCCGUCACGUAUGAUAGACAUUUUGCUUUCCUUGAUAUAGAGACUGGAAAGCUUGAAGUGACUAAGACUGUUGAUGAUGACAAACCAGGCAAUAGGUUCAAUGAUGGAAAGUGCGAUCCUGCUGGUAGGUAUUGGGCAGGUACCAUGGGCCCAGAGCCUGUUCCAACACAUGUUGUUCCUUAUCAAGGUUCAAUUUUUUGCCUGGAUGGCAUUUCUGGUACUGUGGAAGCUAAAUCAACUCCAUAUUCAUUAUCCAAUGGAAUGGGAUGGUCAGCUGAUAGCAAAACUAUGUAUUUUAUUGAUACACUAGACAGGAAGUUGUAUGGCUUUGAUUUUGACCUGCACUCUGCUUCCAUAACAAACAAGAGGACUGUUGUUGAAUUUGAUGAAGGAUGGCCUGAUGGUAUGUGUGUGGAUAGCGAAGAUAAACUGUGGGUAGCUGUGUAUGAUACUUCAAAGGUUGUACGCUACGACCCAAAAGAUGGUUCCGUCCUAAUGUCCGUCACACUUCCUGUUACUAAGCUCACAUCGUGUUGUUGGGGAGGAUCUAAUCUUGAUGAGCUAUAUGUCACUUCAGCAAGAGAAUGUCUUGGCGAAGACAGAGUAAAGAAAGAACCACUUGCCGGGUCCCUAUUUAAAGUAUCGAAUUUGGGAUGCUCUGGUGUACCUCCCAAUGAAUUUAAUGGGUAAAUUUAUGGAUUGGAAUUUUCAUUGGUGAAUCGAGAUUUUUUGUCCAAUCAGUACGAAUAAAAUAGGAAUGGUAGUGAUCACGUGAUUACAACAAUGGAUACAUGAAUACUCAUGGUGUCAGCACAGGUUAAUUCGUCGUGAAAGUUACGAAUGCAAUAAUUUGGUCGUAAUUGGAUGAACUUGUAUGAUUUCUUAUCAUAGAUCACUAAUUAAAAUGAAAUUAAAAUGCAUCGUUCAUCAUAGGAUGAAACGGUGAACUUUUA